ACAAAACACUUCGUUCGCAGUUCUUGAAUAAAAAGCACGUCGAGAUCGUUUAUUGUUUUGUGGGCACAAAUUCAACCAGCUGAGCGAUGAAUCGUUUGUUCGGUAAAUCGAAAUCCAAAGAACCGGGCCCAAGCAUAAGCGACUGCAUUUCCGGUGUCGAUUCGCGCGCGGAAGCGAUUGAGGGUAAGGUGAAAACGCUCGACAACGAGCUGCGAAAGUACAAGGAUCAAAUGGCGAAGAUGCGAGAAGGACCCGCAAAGAAUGCCGUCAAACAGAAGGCACUGCGUGUGCUGAAGCAGCGCAAGCAAUACGAAAGUCAAGUGGAGAACCUUCGGAACCAAUCGUUCAACAUGGAGCAGGCCAACUUUGCACACCAAACGCUUAAGGACACACAGGCAACGGUGACCGCCAUGAAGGACGGAAUGAAAUCCAUGAAGAAAGAGUUCAAAAAGAUCAACAUCGAGGAAAUCGAAGACAUACAAGACGACAUGGCCGAUAUGCUGGAGCAAGCAGAUGAGGUACAAGAAGCCAUGGGACGAACUUACGGUAUGCCGGAGGUGGACGAUGACGAGCUACAAGCCGAACUCGAUGCACUGGGCGAUGAAAUAGCCCUCGAUGACGAUGCCAGCUACCUGGACGAUGUUGUGAAAGCUCCGGAAGCGCCAGAUAAGGAACCAGGUGCCGACAGUGUCACCAACAAGGACGGUAUUUUGGUGGACGAAUUCGGUUUACCCAAAAUUCCUACUUCGGUCAAAACAACCUAAGAUAUUUGUUUAUUUCCUUAAUAUGAUUAUUUAAAAAAAACAUUGUUUUACCGGAUUCGUUCGACACCCCCUUUCGUUGGCCAAGAGUUUGAAUACAGCUAUCUCAUAAGUGAAACGGAUCGUCUAUCGCGGGUGGACAGUGUAAUCUACACAUCGACGAAUCGUCUCGUUUGUCCACUGUACAAUGAAUUCAUAUCAUAUUUCAAGUUCACACUUUCCUUAUUCACUUAUUUCGUCAAUCACCGGCACAUUCUGAAGAUCAGAGCACUUGCGCCUCAGUAGAUCAAUCUGUUCCUUCAGGUAUCUUUCCUUGGCUGCGGCACGUUGAAGCAAGAUCUUGGCCUUUUCCAACAGCUGGCUUUUCUUCUCCAGCUUAUCCUUAAACUCUUCGAGCAUUGCCGUACGGUCACCGCUGGUGGCGGCGCUUGCUAACGAAGGUUCUCCGCCGGAGAGAACCUUGCAGCGGGUGCAGUUUACACUCGACAGCAGCUCGAUUUCUACCUGCUGCAUCGACAUUUUGUUCAACGCCUCCGCAUGUCCGAGCUGAAGCUUUUCGUAAUCCUUUUUCAGACGCUCGUAUAGCUCCUUCUCUACGGUUCUACCGGGCGCACCAUUCGAAGAUUCUCGUUCGCGCGUUCUCUGAUCUUUCAAAUGCUUAUUCUCAAAUCGAAGUUUCUCAACCAUACGUUGUAGCGUAAGCACUGUUUGCUCCAGAGUGGCGUUACGUUCCACCAAAUCGUUUGCCCCUUUGCGACGGCUGCAUCUGACGCAAAGAUUUUCAAAAUUGAUUGACUCCGGACACCCGGCAGUGGCUUUCGAAAGCUCCUCUUUCAAUGUAAUGAUGAACCUGUAAAAUAAAAUAAAAAACGUAAUAUC